AUGAAGGUAUUAAAGGGUUAUGUACACAAUCAUGUGUAUUCGGAGGGUUCCAUUGCUAAUCGCUUCCAUGUGGAAGAAUUUGUACAGUUAUGCUUAGAGUACAUGGCUAAUUUAAGUGCAAUUGGGGUACCUAUAUCGCGGUUAGAUCUAGCAAAUACUAGCACUGCUUUAUCAAGCGUUGUUAUAGAACCAAUGUGGCAUGACAAAUGGAAGCAAGCACAUCAAGCUAUCUUGGAUAAUACAAUGGAAGUUGAUCCUUACAUAAAGUAA